CAGGCUCCCCGCAUGCCUCCCGCACCCAAGGGACGCAACCCUCUCCCCAUCAUCCUCGGUCUGGGUUUGGCACUCGGUGCAGGCUACUACCUCAUGAACCCAUCGCAGGCUCAACACGACAGCGACAAGAUCAAGGAGAAAUCCCAAGCUUACGGCAACAAGUUUGAUAAUGCUGUGGAUAAUGCCAUGGACAAGGCAAAGGAGUAUGGUAAGGAAGCCAAGCAGGACAUUAAGAACACGUAUGAGGAUGUCAAGGCAAAGGCUUCCAAUGCCGCUACCGAAGUGCAAGGCGAGGCUGAGAAGCUCAAGGUGGAUGCAAAGGCCGAGGGCAAGAAGAAGGGAUGGUUCUCGUAGACUCUUGUGUCAAGGCGAAUCCUGUAGUAAUGUUUUCAGUAGCUGAUCCAUGUCUCUCGUCGAUUGACUCGAUAUGACCUGACAUCUACAACUAGAAAUAGAGGUAUCUAAACAUUCAGAUCUGUCC